UGAUUAAUCAUUUGGGACUGUUGACAAGUCUUUUGCUGGUGAAAUUUCUAAAAAUGGCUUCAGAUCGUGGAAAAUGGGAAACUGUGGUCACAAAGAAGAAGGGUCAAGUGUCCAAAAGUGACGUUAAAAAGGCCAAGAAGAAUUUUGUUGAUAAUUUUUCUCAACACAAGGCAGAGUUCAAAAAUCCUUUAGAAGAAGCUGAAACAAUCUAUAGUGCAGCAUUUGGAGAAAAGAGUUCCCAAUCAAACAAAGAGAACAAUGACCCUGACAGCAAAUAUCCAUCUUUUCAUCCAAUGGAAGGCCAGAAAAAAGGGACUCAGCAAAACAGCCCUAAAAAGCAAAAGCAGAAGAAACAUAAGAUUGCAAAGCCAUCACCUUUAGAAGGAAUUGAGGAUAAGAUCAAGGAGUUAAGUCUCGAGGAGCUUUCUUUAGUCAUAAGCAAUGUUGAAGAAAAGUUUCCAAACCAUUCAUUGGUUUGGCUCAAGGAGGUUGCAUCCUGGCUACAAAAGCAAUUCCCUGGACCAGCUGAAAAGGAUUUGAUGCUUUCAAGUCAGCCAAAAGGCUUCCCCUUGUGUUCAGUUGACUCAGAUGUAAAGAAAGCAUUGCUAGAGCUUUUGAAGAAAAGCACUGAUCAAUCUAUUGAGAUGUUGUUCUGCUACUGUAUCACAAAGAUGAUAGAGGAAUUACAGCAAGGCAAAUUAACCAUUGGUUUGCGAAUCCUGAUUCAAGUCAUCGUCAGCCACUCACCAAAAGUCUUAAUUACAAAGUUAGAUGACGUAUUAAGUGGCAAAUCAACAUCUCAGGAAUCAUUUUUAGCUGUAAUUUGGGCCUACAGCCAGAACAUGAGUGAUUUCAAGGCAGGAAUCAAAGUUUGGUGGGCAGUGAUGAUGCCUUUGUUGAAAGUCAGCACACAUGCGCCUCAUGUCGUACAGUACAUUGAAGACUUGAUUCGUAAACAUGAGAAAGGCAAAAUCAACGAUUCGAUGAUCGAUGCAAAGGAAUUUUAUGAAAUUUUGGUGGUCGUGUUCUCAUCAAAAUCACAACUGGCGAAUUCACCAAGGUUGAAAGAACGAUUCGAUACACUGUAUCCAACAUUCAAGAGGAUGUACUUCAGUGACAAGCCAGAAGGGACGAACAGAAAUAAGUUCAAGCGUUUGCUCACGAUGUUAAUGACAGACGAUGAUGCAAUGCAAGCUGAGAUCCUUCGUCUGCUGAUUCUGUGCAUGUCAAAAGAUGAAAAGUGCUUUGAUAUCUGGUUGGAAAACUUAGAGAAAAAUCUGAAGACUUCAGGUGUGCUCUGGGGAUAUAUUUAUGACAAUUCAGAGGAUGUCAGAAACGAGCUGCUGAAAUCAAGGAAAUAUGCCAGCAAGAAUGUUCUUCAAGAAAAGGCUUUUGCUUUCCUUACGGAUCUGAGACACAUCAAACGAAAGGGACACGGCAGUAAGGUUGGAUUUGCAGAAUGCUAUGAAGUCUGCUCUAAAUUCCAGAGUGAGAAGAUGACAAGAAAAGAUUCGAAAUCCUCACUCUGGAAACUAACGAAGUACACUUUGUUUGCAAUGCUUGCGUUCAUUGCAAUUGAUGUCUAUACCUCCAAAGGAUAUAAAGGAAGUAGAACUGAGUCAAUUGCAGUGAAUGCUGGGAUAAACAGUCACGUGGAAGCUUCAUUGGUUCAGUUAGAAGGAAUGGUGGGCGUUGUUGCUAGGUGGUCCAGAGACAAUGUACCAAAAUAUUAUGCUAAAGUGGCGCCCUACGUGGAUCCUGUUAUAGAGACUAGCUGGGAAUACACUACAAAAAUAUCAAAAGCUAUUUAUGAAUACAGCAAACCUGCUCUAGAUGUGAUUAGCAAAUACAUGGAAAAACUAUUUGAGAAGAUCGAUGAACUCAUGCCAGUGUACCGGGACAGAAUCGUUUCACAUGCAUCAACCGCCUGGAAUGCAAUUGUACCAACCGUCAAACAUCAUAUAAACUGCACCGUAGCAUUUAUCACCACCAACGUACCAAUCGCUGUGGACCACACAUCACGUGUUUUAACGAGUACCUGUACCUGGGUCUACGAGCUAUAUCCACCCUUCUUCGACAAGAUGGCAAUGCAUUCUCACUGUGCUUUACACUGCGUCCGGGACUAUGUGAACAAGGCCUGGCAAACGUUUGUUGAUUAUGGACCGGUUGCAAUUGAGCUUUCUGUGGAUUCAUUCCGACUUACUGUUGCCACUCUUCAGAGCUACUUUGCCGACGGACAACUUUGGCUGCAAAACGCAUUAAGAUCGACCGAUAGUGGAAGCAACACACAAGCAAGUUAACUCACGUGUAGGCCUUAAAUUAUUCGAUUCAAUUUCUCUUUUCUAAGAGAUUUUCACAUCUAUUUUGUUGUUGUAAAACUAUUUUCUGCUGGGAAAAUUAAUAUUGAAUUGCGUGAUAGAAAA